AAAGAACUUAAUUAUCUUGUACUUGAAUGCCUAGCAGAACGCACCCUUGCUAAUCGGUAUCAGGUUAUGGUGUCAGGAGGUGAUGGUUACGAUUCAAGGAUUUCAGAUUGGAUGCGUGUGAUUUUACCUAUAGCUAUGGAAAGGGGAGUUUGCGUAAUCACAAACAUGGGUGCAAUGGAUCCAUUUGGUGCACAGGAAAAAGUUGUAGAAAUAGCCAGCAGCCUGGGACUGAAUGUAUCUGUUGGUGUUGCUUAUGAGGUUUGUGUUGGCAAAGCAGGUUCGAGAUCACCUCAUGAGAAAUCACAUAGCAUGGAAGGUGUAAGGUUCUACUACCUCUAAUUGUAACUUUGAUUGGGUAUUAGCACAUAUCUUGGAGCAGCUCCCAUUGUUGAAUGUUUGGAAUAGCACCAACCUAAUGUAGUAAUAACUU